AAUGAAUGGAAAAUUACAGGAAUUAUUGCACAUUAUAAUUUGUAUGAUAAUUGUGCUGAGAACUGAAAGCAGCUAUGUUGAUAUUACUUAUGUUGAGAGUGCUGUGGCAAAAGGAGCAGUUUGUUUGGAUGGUAGCCCGCCCGCGUACCAUCUCGACAAGGGAUCCGGAGAUGGAACUAACAACUGGUUAAUUCAUCUUGAGGUUGUUCUUCUUGAUAUUUUUUUGUUCCAUUGUAAUAUUAUCAGAAUUUCGAAAAUUGGAACGGGAGGAGGAUGGUGCAACAACGUCACGACUUGCAUUUCCCGUGCAAACGGCCAUUUAGGUUCAUCGAAGCACAUGUCUAACCGGACUAUGUUUUUCGGUAUUGCUAACAACGACCCGCAGUUCAACCCCGAUUUCUACAAUUGGAACCGCGUCGUGGUUAGAUACUGCGACGGGGCGUCGUUCACCGGAGAUAUCGAAGCAGUGGAUCCCGCUACAAAUCUUUACUACAGAGGUGCAAGAGUCUUCGUUGCUGUUAUGGAGGAUCUAUUAGACAAAGGAAUGAAGAAUGCUAAAAAUGUUAUUCUUACAGGAUGUUCAGCUGGUGGAUUGGCAUCAAUGCUUCAUUGUGAUAGAUUUAAAGAUCUUCUUCCAAUGGGGACUAAUGUCAAGUGCAUGGCAGAUGCUGGUUUCUUUCUUAAUGUGAAAGAUGUUUCCGGAAAUCGCCGUUUUGAAGAUUUCAUUAACGACGUCGUUGAAACACAUGGAUCAGCAAAGAAUUUGCCUUUAUCAUGCACCUCAAAAAUGAAACCUGGUCUGUAUUAUUUUACAAUAUCAUUAUACAAUUUAUCUAAGUUUGAUGAUAAAUGGACAAAAUUUUUGCAGUGCUUUUUCCCUCAACAGGUGGUGCAAGAAAUUCAGACACCCCUGUUCAUUGUAAAUGCUGCCUAUGAUGCAUGGCAGGUCAGCAUAUAUUAUAUAAAGAAUGUGUUAGCACCUGCUAUUGCGGAUCCAAGCGGUAUCUGGUACAACUGCACGACCGAUAUACGAAACUGCUCCACCGCUCAACUCCAAACCUUGCAUGGAUUCCGAAAGGAGUUUCUAAAUGAAUUCAGUGCAAUAGGGACCUCAAUAACAAGAGGGUACUUCAUCAACUCUUGCUUUGCACACUGCCAAACUGAAAUGCAGAUUACCUGUUUGCAGACAAUUGCAAAAGCUGUUGGAGAUUGGUUUUUCGACAGAAGUCCAUUUCAGACAAUUGAUUGUCCUUACCCGUGUGACAAAACUUGUAAUAACCUCGUUUUGCAACCGCAGAAGGACUCUAUAGCAUAGAUACUUUGUCCAACACGCACAAGUCCGUUUUUUUUCUUUUAAAUGUAUCGAAGAAGUU